AUGGGAGCAUGGGAAGGGAAAUUGCAUGGGAGCAUGGGAAGGAAAAUUGCACGGGAGCACGGGAAAUUGUAUUGGAGAACAGAAAAGUAUGAACUCCACCAAAUUGUUGCAUCAAAUGACUCUUCACUAUCACAUUUUCAAACAGGUAUUACCUCAAAUGAUGCAGCUACAUUUGGCCUUGGCGCUAUUCAGGUUGUUGCCAAUGCAGUUACAACAUGGGUGAUCGACCGAGCUGGACAUCGUCUUCUACUUAUUAUCUCCUCUGCUGGAAUGACUCUUAGCCUUUUUAUUUUUGCUGUGGCAUUCGUUCUAAAGGGGAUGGCAACGAAGAGGGCAGUGGACAAGAAACUAGUUCUGCUGAUAGUACGAAAAGGUCAUGAUGGUGGAAAAAUUUCUCUGGCUUACCCUAAUGUUUUGGACCCCGUCUCUACAUGUUACGGAAAUACUAAAAACUUUGGUACUCAUAGGCUAGUCUUUAUUGGUGUGUUGGCGUGUGAAGAAAAAAAAUUAUUGCUAAAAAACAAAACAUGAUUCGAGAAGAAAAAAAACACUCUUUGCUCAAUUUUCUUAAGUCGCCUCCCUCCCCCAAUAUAUUUUCAGUGAUUUCAUUUUGGUAUGCAUUUUAUAUCCGGAAAAGAUAAGAUGUAAUUUGUUGAUUCUUAUGAUAUGCAUACUCUUGAAAAGAAUAAGUAAUUUUUAGUUUCAAAA